UCUGCUGCUUUGCGUGUGGUGCGAAUUAUGUGGAAAGUGUGCAGUUUUAUUGAUAUAGUUGUUAGAAGUGAGUUUUAAUUUGUGAUAUUCUUCUUCGAAUCUCUUGUUACAAGUGUAAGAAGUUAUUAUUUCCAAAAUCGGUUUCUAUUAACAAUAACAAACGGCGUUGUUAACCUGUUUAUUAACAGUGACGGAUGGAAGGCCUUGCACAUUCUGCAGAGUCCUCCAAUGGCGGUAAAUUUAAGUUUGAAAUAUUUCUACUGUAACAUGUAAGAAUAUUGUGCAUCGUUUACGUGAAAUGGGUAGUCCUAAAGAAGAAGUUAUUGCUUCUGAGAGCAAUUGUGAAGUAAAGAGUGCGGAAAAUGAAAGGGUCAGUGAAAUAUCGGACAGUGUAGUGGCUACGGCUACGGAUUCUUCCGUAAACAUUUCUGUGAAUCAGUCAGUGAGUGAAUCGAACACUUCGAAAGAUGGAGAUGUUGCUGCUGGUACCGGUAAGAAGGGAAAGAAAAAGUCUCGUCAUGGAAAAAAGGGCUACUUGCCAUCUAAAGAUAACUCCGACCGAAGCACGGUGCGCAGAGUGCACUACGCGGGCACUAAGUUCAAGCAAGGCAGGAAAAGAGCACAAAGUUUCCCUUCCAUAUCAAAGUUCUUUCUUCCAUACAAAAGACCCCGCAAGGACGCGUUCAUUCCACCCACAAAAUUUCUUUUAGGAGGUAAUAUAUCAGAUCCCCUGAAUCUUAAUAGUUUGCAAGAUGAAGACAUCAACAGAGCAAUGAAUGCAGUUACUCCAGAAUCUUCUCCUUUGCCCACACCGCCUCGACACAAAGCUAAAAUAGAUGUCAUUAUUCCGCCUAAUAUUAGAGAUCCUUUGAAUCUUUUGGAGCCAUUGGACAAUGAGGAGUAUGAGAAACGUCUUGAAAUGCAACAGCGCAAGCCACGCAAAAAGCCACGUUUGCGGCGGAGAACUACUGAAUGCUCAGAUAACGCUCAAAUAGUUGAAAAGGUUGUUGAAGAGAAAGCAGAUGGUAUCAAGGAGCCGCUACCACCAGAACCAUCUACAUCAGCAUCAAAACCUAUAUCCACGGCAGCUUCUAAAGCCAGAAAGAGGUCUUGUAGUGAAAGUGAAAAUUCUCAGAAAGGCAAGGAUGCCAAAAAGUUGCGCCGCAUGGAUUCCCUGGAUAAAAUAGUUAGUCCCGUGGUACCACAGCCGGGGACGUGGAAGCGAGUCCGGCCGCACCAGCGGCCAGCUCCGCCUGAGCGCCCCAUCUCACCGCACAAACAGAGUAAGACUGAAGGAGAACACAAGUUGCCUACAUUUCACCCAAAAAACACAAAAUACCAGUAUGGAAACUAUGACAGGUACUAUGGUUACCGUAACCUGAACGCGAUGAUGGACGUCCGCCUGCAAGUGUUCGAGAUGCACCGCCACCUGUUCCAGAACAAGGAUGUGCUGGACAUUGGCUGUAACGUUGGUCACGUGUCCAUCGCCGUCGCUAGCACGCUGGGCGCUCGCUCCGUCGUCGGCAUCGACAUAGAUCCAGUACUGAUUGGUCGAGCGAGAAAAAACCUAAGAUCAUUCGUGCCCAUUCCCGCGGAACCAAAGACGGAAGACGAUAAGAAAACGGAAAUGGACGACGAUAAAAAGGAUUGCGACAAAUGUACCGAAGAGAAAUGUACAGAAUGCGCGACCGCCCCAAAAACAGCUGACGACAAAACUGGAGAGGACAAACCUGGGGAAGAUAAGAAAGAAGGGAAGAAGGAGAUGAGGAAAGUGAAGAAGCCUCGUAAGAACAGGAAGGCGGGAAAGCAGGAGCAGAGGUGCUACUUCCCUAUGUCAAUGUCGAUGCUCUAUGGCCCGCUGUGCAACGCCGUGGAGCCGACGCCGCCGGUCUUUCCGCAUAAUGUUACCUUUAAACAGGGAAACUACGUCCCGCGCGAAGACACCCCUCUAGGCUCCGAGAGCCCUCAGUUCGACCUGAUCCUGUGUCUAUCCACUACCAAGUGGCUUCACCUGAACUGGGGCGACGCGGGGCUCAAGCGCGCCUUCCGCCGCAUGUUCGCGGACCUGCGCCCCGGCGGGAAACUCGUUAUUGAAGCUCAGAACUGGGCGAGUUAUAAGAGGAAGAAGCGUUUAACGCAAACCAUCUACGAGAACUUCAACGCGAUCGAGAUGACUCCGCAGAAGUUCCGCGAGUACCUGCUGUCGCCCGAAGUGGGGUUCAGCAAGUGCGCCGUGCUCGGCGUCCCGCAGCACGCCAGCAAGGGCUUCCGCCGCCCCAUACAGCUCUACAUCAAGGGCGACUUCACGCCCAGUAAGGCCCGCUGGUCGGACGCGUACGCGCCGUCGUCCGCGCACCGGCCGGAGGCGGCGCCGGCGCGGCGCACGGUGUACGCGCCCGUGGCGCCCGCCUACCGGCCCAGCGACGACGCCGUGUCCGCGGGCGCCGCCACGCCCUUCUCGCCCAACCUCGACUGCGAGGCCGACGACUCGCCCUUCUACAACCCGCGCAGCGACUCCUACGCGCCCUCCUACCAGCCGCCGCGCCCCACCGUCUACGCCACGCUGCCCUCCCCCUCCCGAGCGCCUCGCCCGCCGAGCCCGAGCCCGAGCCCGCCUGCGCGCGCGCCAACGACGACUGAACCGAGAGAAUCAUACGCCGAUACUCCACUAUCAUAUGUUUAUCAUACGAAUAUCAUCGUAGGCGACGUGCCGUCCUCUUUCUUCACGUUGGAGAAAAAGGAAGGCAUACAGACCUAUGAUCGUAUUUCUAUGAUAAACACAUAAUAGUGGACUAUCGGCCUUACGCACCCCGAACGGUUAUUUACUUCUCGAACGAUUAUUAUCUUCUGGCCGCGGUGUCGAUAAUGUGGAGCAGUUCCGGUCCUUCAAAAUAGUGUAUGACGUGGCCGACGCUGUAGUGAAAAUGUUUUUUUUUUUUUGUAAAUCUGGCCAUCAUCUAAAAUUUCUUUGUAUUUUGGCCCCCAGUGGAAAAAGUUUGCCCCCACUGUCCUGGAGGACGACUUCGGAGACCAUAAACGACCGAUCACUCGCACUUCCAUAUUAGUUCGCCGUGGUGCAUUAGUGAUCGGCCCCUUGUCCGCGUGUCACGGCUCGAUAUCAAAUUGAUACUAUUCUAAGGGUUUAAAUGGGUGUCCGCCCGUGUAGACAAAAAAAUCCAUUACAUCACUUAUCACACUAAUCUAUUUUCAUAAGAUACGCUUCAGCAGCUGGUCUGACGCGAUUGACACCCGUAACGACUGAGACGCGACGAGAUCCCUGCCGCCGAGUCGAUAAGUGUGAUGACGCCCUUCGACUCUUUUUCGAUAGGCGAUUUAGUCGCGACGUAUCAGUGAAACCGCCUAAGAUGAAAGUGUACUCUUGACCGAUUCGGCGUCUAAAUCGCCUACAGUACCUGUAGCAAAAACGCCGUUUAAAGUCCCAGGAGAAAACUAAUAAUCGCUCGAGAAAAUAACCCCUUAAAUCCUCCAUUUGAAAUGGACCAUCUAUGAAAUGAAAAAGUCCCGUACGAACCUCGAGAUUGAAUUUACAAAAACUUUUGUACCGUGAGGUUUUCGGGUCGAGGCGGUCAGAUCGACGUAGUGCCGAUUUUAACAUGAAGAUUUCGUCGUAGCAGCAUUGAUUAAUUGUUUUACCAAAAAUAGUUGUAUCGUGAGAAAAUUAAAACAAAAAGUGCGUUCGAUUGUUAUUUAUUGUUUCGUAUAUUUAUGUUAAUCCAAUGUUUAUUAGAUAUAAUAAUCGGUGCUGCGACGCGGAAUUUCCACGAGGCCCCUAUAUCAAAUCAUAAUAAUAAUGCACACAUUAGUAAUAGAUCCUGUAUUAUUUUUCCCCAGGCAACUCAACUUUUCCUUCUAGAUGUCUAAAUGUUACUUUCCUUUACAGAAGAGUACUAGCUGAAGUACUUCAUGUAAUCUUUGUUGAGAGGACCCUUCUGUAUGGAACGCCACAAAUGACCAUAUAGGUAUUAUGUAGAUGUUUACUCCAUACAAGUACAGUUGUAAAGAUCAGUGACCGUCUCAGUGUAUAUUCGACCAGCGUUAGUGACCGUCUUCUAUCACAAAUGAUAGGACUUUUGAGCAAUGAAAUUGUCGUUCUAAAUUCACUGGAUAGCGGUUUGACCGCACGUUUCCUGAGAUCUAUUUGGGCGACUAACGAAUAGGAGUUUGUUAAAGAUAUAGUAUAUAAUAAUUAAUAUACAUGGUGAUAAAUAUCGUUACUCGCUCAAUAGGCUGAUCAGUUAAUAAUUUUAGAUGUAAAUAUCGCUGUAGAUUCCCUAGGAUUAUGUUUCAGUUGAUAAAAGUAUUUUAUAUUAUACUCGUAACGUUUUAAUCUA